UUUUAUUUGACAGUUCUACCUGCUGCUGUUUCUCUUUUUUGAUAUCGAGAGUUGGAGGCUGAGAAAAGUGGAAAAAAGCUGUAAAAUUGGGAGAAUUUUAAGUGUAAAAUUAUGGGGUCAGGAUCUUUCUUCAAGGUUUUGCUGAAGAAUUUUGAUGUUCUUGCAGCGCCUGUGGUUACACUUGUCUAUCCUUUGUAUGCUUCAGUUAGAGCAAUAGAAACUAAAUCCCCUGUUGAUGAUCAGCAAUGGCUCACUUACUGGGUGCUCUAUUCCUUAAUAACGUUGUUUGAGCUUACUUUUGCCAAAGUCAUCGAAUGGCUGCCAUUUUGGUCUUUUGCUAAGUUGAUCUUUAACUGUUGGUUGGUCUUGCCUUACUUCAGUGGUGCUGCAUAUGUUUACCAACACUAUGUUAGGCCAUUAUUUGUAAACCAGCCGACAGUAAACAUUUGGUAUGUCCCUCGGAAGAAGAGCAUCUUCAGCAGACCUGAUGAUUUUCUCGUAGCUGCUGAGAAAUUCAUUCAAGAAAAUGGACCUGAGGCAUUCCAGAAGCUCAUCAAGAAGGCCGAGAAGGCUCCUAAGCCAAGUGAGAAAGCACCAAAGCCAAGUGAGAAGGCGCCAAAGCCAAGUGAAAAAGCGCCAAAGCCAAUGGAGAAGAUACCCAAGCCAAAGAAGACUAACCGGCGUGUAACUUUUGAUGAUGUUAAGAUUGAAAAGGCUUCCAAUUCCCAGAAGAGCGCCAAUCAAACAAUCUUUGAUGGUAUCGACAACCAUUCUGUCUUUGAUAAUGGAAACAGUCAUUCCAUCUUUGAGAACGGUAGCCUUCAUCCGAUAUUUGAUGAGUAUGAGGAGGAAAGGGGGUCCAAAUCUUGGGGAAACAGCAGUUUCAUGAUCUUUGAUGAUGAUUACAGAUACUGAGGGGAUGAACAUAUCUUCCACCUUUCCCAGAGCCAAGAACUUAAGGAUUUUGACGCAAUUAACAGGUGAAUGAAUGUUUGUAUAAUAAUGUAGUUAUUUGUCUUUCUUUUUUGAAGGGGAACGUUUGACUCUUCUCAUUGUUUUUGUUUUGAUGUUUCCUUCUUUUGAUGAUGUUGGAGAUUGUUUGUGCCUUGUAAGAUAACUAAGUUCUUCUACCCUGUAGUUCUCUAGCCAAAUGUUAUCCUUAUCUCAUGUAAUCAUAUAUCUCAGAGUCAUGAAGCAUUUUAUUUGUCUUA